AUGAGAGUAGCCCAGGGCAUUGUGGGUGGGCCCUGGGCCAUCGGAGGAAAAUCUGAGCUGGGCAGUGCAGCAGCGCAGCGGUCUGUCGUUUGGGGUUUCAACAGUUCAGCUGAUGGUGUUCAGGGCGUCCCUGUUGAGUUUAUAAGUGUUAUGACACGGGGGAUGGACGUCGGGGAGCAGCUUGGUGGUUUAGGACCAAUCCACCUGGAGCUGAGGAGCCGGACCCCGGCAGCAGUUUGAGAACUUAUCCUGGAUAAUUGCGAAGCAAAUGAUGGGAAAAUUGGGGGGUUAACGGAUGAAUUCGUGAGCCUAGAGUUCUUCGGUUUAAUAAGUGUAGGCUUGUUUUCAGUUUCAAGUCUCCCUGCACUACCUAUAUUGAAAAAGCUUGAGCUCAGCAAUAAUAGAAUCUCUGGAGGUCAGGACAGACUAGCAGAAGAACUUCCAAGUCGCACACAUCUGAACCUAAGUGGAAAUAAGCUGAAAGAUAUCAGUACCUUGGAACCUUUGAAAAAAUUGGAUUGUCUGAAAAGCCUGGAUCUCUUUGGCUGUGAGGUCAUUAACCUGAACGAUUACCAAGAGAGUGUCUUUAGGCGCCUGCCCCAGCCAUCCUAUCUGAAUGGCUGUGACCCAGAGGACCAGGAAGCCCCUGACUCAGAUGCGGAGAUGGAUGGUGUGGACAAAGAAGAAGCGGGUGAAGAGGAAGAGGAGGAUGGUGAAGAGGAGGAGGAGGAUGAAGAAGAGAAUGAAAAUGAAGAUGUAGAAGGAGAAGACGAUGAAGUCAGUGGGGAGGAAGAAGAAUUUGGACAUGAUGGAGAAGUUGAUGAAGAUGAAGAAGAGGAGGAUGAAGAGGAAGAAAGUGGGAAAGGUGAAAAGAGAAAGAGGGAAACAGACGAUGAAGGAGAAGAUGAUCGAGGCCCAAAACAAUCUGCAAGAACCAGAACUGUUGAGUCUGUAGAAAUGGUUCAGAAAUCAAGAGUACUUUCUGCUCUUAUAGAGGACCUGCGCUCAGAUCCUAACACCCAUGUGAGAUUACCAAAAGCACCUGGAAAUCCACUUUCGGGGGCUCUGAGGCCCUCUUUUGACCUCCACAGGCAUUUGCACACUUGUGAGGGUCCAAGGUCAAUUUCCAGCGUUUGUAUUGAGCAGCUUGCAGCCACUAGAGUUCUAGGGGAUCUGGAUACCUCUCACCACCGCAGGCACCUGCACUCACGUGAAUGUGCCAACAUGAUUGAAAGAGAAUAA